AUGGCAAAGGGGAAUAUUGAAAGAUGGUGGAAGGAAUUGCAUGAGAGGAUGAAGAGGUAUUUUAAGGAUGGUUUGCGUUGGCUAAAAGAUCAAGGUCAUUAUGACCCACACAAUGACUCUGAUAGAUUGCUCUUGGCCUUCAUCAUGGUACCUCUUAUCCAGAAGGAGUUAGAUAUUUUCAGAGAAACAGUGUGGAACUCACACAGGAUCAGAGCACAGAGAGACACUGCACUUCCAGAUGGUGUACCAGACCACAUAUAUAACUUCCCUGAGAAAUAUGGGCUUGAAGAAUGUGGUUUACCAGUUAAUGAGGAACAACUCCAGGAGGUGGCAAUUGAAUCUGGUGUUUUGAGCAUUCCAGAUGAUUUCCUCACACUAGAAUUUAGAGAAGAAUGUGAGCGCAUCAUUCCUGAUAAUAAUACUAUUAAACCAGAUGAAUGGAAAGAUGCAUAUGUGUAUUUAAAACAGAACUUCACACUUUCAGUGUAA